AUGGUGAAGGCAUUCUUUGUGGGGCAAGAACUACCAAGAUUCAUCACUCAUACAAAUCUGAUUCUUAUCCCUAAGAAAGAGCAGGUACAAAGUUUCUCAGACUUGAAACGAAUCAGUCUCAACAAUUUUACAAACAAGAUCAUCUCAAGGGUACUGCAUGAAAGAUUAGUAAAACUGCUGCCAGGUUUGAUUUCUGAGAAUCAAUCAGGUUUUGUGAAGGGAAAGAGUAUCAUGGAGAAUGUACUACUCACACAGGAUAUUGUCAGAGAUAUAAACAAGAGAACCAAAACAGCAAAUAUAGUGGCUACUAUCAAACAACUGGUAUCCAGUUCUCUUGAAUGGGAAAGUACAUGGAUUUAUCAAGUCAUCAAGGGGAGUUUUAAACAAGGUUAUCCUCUAUCCCCUACUCUCUUCAUUCUAGCUGUUGAGGCCUUAUCAAGGGGACUAAAUGCUUUGUAUAAAAAGCCAAGGUUUGUGGAGUAUGGUAUGCCCAAAUGGAGUCCAAGAAUUAAUCAUCUAUCAUAUGCUGAUGACACAAUUCUCUUUGUCUCUGCUGACCAAUACUCAGUAACACUGAUGAUGAGAGUGUUAAAUAGAUAUGAGAAAGUAUCAAGACAGUUGGUGAAUUUGAAUAAGAGUGCCUUCUAUGUUCAUGAAAAGGUGCAGAGUGGCUUGGUUUCAAGGCUGAAACAAACCACAGGAAUUAGGCAAGGCCUCUUUCUAUUCACUUAUCUUGGAUGCCUAAUAUUCUACAGUAGGAACAAAAUUUCACAUUAUGAUACAGUUGUGAAAAAGAUUACCAAAAGGGUGAAUGCAUGGCAAGAGAGACUACUGUCAUAUGGAGGAAGAGCAACGCUAAUAUCUCAUUCAAACACUGGUGACAAGAAAGGGGUACAUUGGGUCAAAUGGGAGACACUGUCAUUGCCUAAGGAUGAAGAUGGACUGGGGUUUAGAUCAUUAUUUGAAGUUUCAAAUACCCUUUUCUAUAAACUAUGGCGGAACCUCAGAACAAAGCCUUCAUUGUGGAGUUCUUUCAUGAUAAACAAAUACUACAAAAAGCUUCACCCUGUGAUUGCACAAGCUAAAGGGGCAUUCCCUAUCUGGAGAAAAUUGGUAAUAGUAAGGGAAUUGGUGGAGCAUCAAAUAUGGUGGCAAGUGAAGAAAGGGGAUUCUAGCCUCUGGUAUUCAACUGGUGGGAUAGCAUAUUCCAUAUAUGCUAUCAAAGUGGUGAACAAAGAGUUGCAGACUCAUCCUGAAGCCUAUAAUUCAUGCAAUCCCUACAAUCAUAAUCUGGAGCCUAUGGAAAAGAAGAAACACCAUUAA